CCAGCAAACCACUAUAUCCAGCGUCAUUAUCUGCACCACAGCUUUCGGUAUUCUGUUCUAUGUGGGCACUUUUCUCGUGUCGGUGUUGCGUCCGGACAGUCCUUUCAGGACACCAGCCUCGGAGCUAUUGGCAACCAUCUGCCAAAAGAUUUAUCCAGGCAAAUCUACAUCGAUUCGUCGCACACUCGCCAAAUCGUCCGCGAUUCGCUGGAUACUGGAGACAUCAACGAACCCUGAAAUUGUCGAGGCUGCGGCUACGAUUGUACCUUGCGUGCAAUGGCCCCCGAACAUUGAUGCUUCAGCAGCCUUCGCACGUUUACGUGAUAAUUUCGUAGCGUGUCG